CCACUCUGAUCCUGCACCUGCAUGCUGUGAAUGAGUCGGCCUGGCCCUGGCUUGUUCGGUAGUGUUGGGUGCUUUAGUGGUUGGCAGCCUGGCUCGGUUUUCUCUGCUGAUCUGCUAGAUGUAGAAGAUAAUGGCUGAGUCAGUGUACAUGUAUAAAUAUGUGGGUUGUGGGGGAGUUGGCUCGGUGAACAACUCAGUGAACAAUCUAGCCAUUCGUUUCUGCCGAUCUGAUAGCGGCCUCAGAGCGACGGUGAAGUAGCCUUAUGAACAAGAAGACUAUUCAGCAAUACUGCAUGCAAUAGGCCAAGCACAAAAUAAUAGUACUCUGAAAAUCGUUCAGGUGUUGUGUAGUGCAAUGCCCGUGGUGUCCUGUUGCUUUAUUUGUUGGGCUAUUGUUACUUUGCUUUGGCUUGGGCCUAGUUUGAGUACAGUGGAUUCUGCGACAUUCUGCUGCUCCUGCUCGCCUGUUAUUGCUAGAUCGUUAUCGUGAGGUACAGACUAGUGCGCCGAUAAUGCUUUAGUGUAGCAUUAGUUCUGUCUGUACAUGCGGAGUACAAUUCUGCGCUCGCUGUUGCUGUUUCUGGACGGCAAGCAAGGACAAUUUGACAGAGAAACUAAAUUUGAACAUAGAGUCGACCCCAGUUGCUGCUUGAUAGCGAGUGUUUGUAGAGGAAGGUCGAGUAGUGCAGGUGCUGGUGUUGUGAGAUAGUCAGUAUCGAACUGAACACAGUCACUGAGUACUAGUAGUAGUAGUAGUAGUACAGCCAGCAUGCAGUAUGGAUGUGUCAGUGUGCACGUGACAGCACAUUGGACAGACAAUAUGUAGAGAGAGAGCAUAAACCAUUAGUGUGGAGAUAAGUACUGUUUUGCUCCUUUGUGACAUGCUAAGAAUGCCUGAGCAGGCAAUGGAUAUAGGCACUAGAAGGUCAGUGCCGAAAAUAUUGCUGAAGCGCAGUAGCAGCAAAGCUCUGAAGUAUGCUACUGCAGCGGAGCCUGUGGAACAGUUAGAUGUGCUGGUAAAUAACGCAGCAUGCACUGAAGGUUUGCCUCGUGGAGAACAUAAGGAUGGCAAUGGCGCGAGUGGUGGAGGCAACGAAAGCGAUUUCGUUAUCAGUAACAGUGUUAGUGAUAUCGAUUUCAAUUGUGAUGCAGCUGAUGCAACAGGUGUUUCUGCAGUGCGAUACUCCAUAGAUAGUUGCAAUGUUGGCUGCAGCGUAGUCACCAGCACUAAUUGGGCACACUGUGCGCGACUCAAUGCAAGUCGCUCUCCUGCGCAAAGACGAGCGAGUAUUUGGAUUCGUCGACAAUUCCGCACAGCGUUGUCCGGUGUGAGACGAGCCAUGCGAAGAUGUGCAUCUGUCUUCACGAUUUGUGUGCGGUCAGACAAGAGAAUGCCUGCUAGCAGCGUUGACUCAAAUGGCUGUCGUAACUGCAGGAUGCCGCUGGAGCUCUCCCAGAACAAAGUGAAUGUGCUUGGACCAAUACUUCCCAUCAUCAAUCCCGGUGCUGAUAGCUGGGUGGAAGGCUGGCAUCCAGAAUCAUCACAAUAUGGAUUGCCGCACAUCAGCUCAACAUCUGUAGUGACGGAAGAAUCUGUUAUCGGCCACCAGGAUAUGAACUCUGUGGAGCUGGACACACCUGAGGAUGAGCGCUACUACAGAGACUACUUUAUGUCUCGGACCCAUGUGAAUUAUUGCGCAAUGGACUGUGCGGCAGGACCUAUGGUUAUGUCGGUCAGAUACGAUGACGUAACCACGCCGCCAUGUGAAUCGUCUCAUUUCAGAGUUAUUAUCAGAACACGUGACAGAACAAUAUGCAAGCGUAUCUCGUCACAACUUGUUGGAGAUGAGUCGCAGGUGGAAGAUAUCGCGCGGAUUGCACUGCCUGAUCUGAAUCCAUCCUUACGGUUUCAAUGUACUGUAUCUACCGACGUUCAAAAUGCGCUACUGGAGUACGAUGAGCACGCCAAGCAGUGUCGUUUCAAAUUCGGUAUAUUAACGCAAGCUCUAGGACAGACAACGGAAGAAGCAAUAUUCUCUAACAACACUGUGUCGGAUCAGUUUUCUCAGUUUCUGAACUGCAUUGCCACACAGGUUGAUCUGCAAGGAUUUGAGGGGUUCCGUGGCGGCCUGGAUGUUAAAGGCAACUUAUCGGGUCGGAGCUCUUACUUUGCAAAGUUCAAGAACAGAGAAAUUAUGUUCCACGUCUCACCGCUUAUGCCCUUUUCGAAAACUGAUGCGCAGCAAGUAGCGAGAAAAAGACACAUUGGCAACGACAUUGUAUGCGUUGUCUUCCAGGAGGAGAGCACAACAUUUGAUCCCAACUGGAUAGCGUCAAGUUUCCUACACACAUACAUAGUUGUGCAGCCAGUGACAGGGACAGCAGUGGCGGCCAAUCUUCGAGAAUCGUUCUCGGCUUCAUCUCCGCAACCUGAAACAUUUUAUCGUAUCUCUGUGUGCAGUAAGAAGAGUGUACCUCCGUUCAGUCCUUUGCUACCAUCCACUGGAGUGUUCCCCGUGACGAAGGAAUUUGGAAACCUCUUCCUGACAUUACUCAUCAACGCAGAACGCUCCAGUACGAAAGCAGAGCAGUUUGCAAAGCUCGAGCGUCGGACCAGAGAGUAUUUGCUGAAGGAUCUUCACCAAUGUGUGCUCAAUUCCUGUGAUACAGCAGAGGUGAAUGUCAGAGAUAGUGGAAGAUGGGCAGGCGUUCGCAGACUGAUGCCCAGCAAGAAGAAUCGGUUGUCUGGAGUGCCAAACACGCCUUCCCAGUCUUCCAUAGCCUCUCAAACGUCGCAGGCAUCUCAGACCAGCACGACUGAGAGCAUGGCCAAGGAGGGCAAAGGACUGCUGCAUUUCUUCAGAGCAGGAUCAUCCACUAAUCUGAGAGGAAGCCGAAAUCGCUCCGCUGCAACAAGUACCUCGUCACCAGGACGUACAAGCUCCGGAUCGUUGGCUAGUUUGGUCACUCUACCAAAUAACCUAGAUACACGCGAGAUGUUCUUUAAAUCUGAGAGCCAUCCUGACUACUUGGACAUGGAUGGUCCUCUGGUUCGAUCAUCCUCGGUCAUAUCAGCAGAUCAGGGACGGUCUCCGAAAUCCUUCGGUGACAUGGACGCUGAAGGUGACGCUAAUUCUCCCGAAGUGUUUCCAACGGCACGACUACCUAAUGGUGAUGACUUCCCACUAGUUGCGGAUGCGAGUGCCGAAUCACUCUCAAGUGCUGUCUGCAUCUUGCGCAAUACUGUAGCAAGCCUCAAGGAGGAAAGGCUGCAGCUCCUGCGUGAGGAUGUGGCUAUACGAGCCAAACUGGCAGAGUCGGAAGCCCGUGAAGCUGCCCGUGAGAGAGAAUUGCUGGAAGCUCGCAAUGAAAUAGCUCAGCUUCAAGCAAAGCUAGCUCUCUCGUCUCUCAAUUCCAGUGAUAAGCUGAAGAAAUUGAAUUUCACAGAUGCCACUUCCAGUAAUUCCAUACAUCUAGCAGAUGAUGGUACAAGAGAAGGUAUGCGAGUGUAACCACGACAACCCUUAGACUGUACAGUUAGUUGAGCAGAUUGCAUCCUUGACCACCAAUGUCCACAUGCUUCCCUUAGUGACGGUACCUUUUAAUUUUUUACCAUCUACUGCUACACACCCAAUUGCCUUAUUGGCAACAGCAGCAGCAGCAAGAUAUUAGAGAUUUAACCUUAUAAAAAAAUAUUAGACUUAUCUUUUUAAACUUUGGCUGGAAUUUUCCUCUCGACUUUCGCUGUGUAGUUUCUUUCAAGCCCCUGUCAUGUGACCUCUCCUUACUUUCUUGCUAGUUUUAAACUUAUUUGCAGCUACCGUGCUAUCAGAUCUUAACACCUCAUCGAAUCACAAAACUUGCAGAUAUCACCGAUUAAUAUUUUCUACAAAGCUUUGAAAAGUAGCCAUUCUUUUACAGCAUAUUAAUUAUUAAAUACAAAAGUAAAUUAUUCCUAUAACCAGAGUCUGAUCUAUUUCUAUACCUCUGUUAGCUGUCCUUGCUUGAAAAACAAUGUUAAAAUCUCUCUUUGACCACA